AUGUGUUUUUAUAGGAGGCUUGUGUUGGUGUUUUUUUUUGCGGAGGUUGCGAAUGAUGCGUUAGAGUUCACAUUGGGGAUCGCUCCUUCGGGUCUGGAGUUCUGUUUCGAUAGAAGGGGGUUCCUUAAUGUGAGUACUUCUUUGCUAGCUUCUGUUGUAUGCUGUUAA